GAGUAGUUCCAGGCUCCAGCCUCCUGCAGAGAGGGAGGGAGGGAGAGAGAGAGAGAGGGUCAAUUCCAACUCCUCCCCAUCCCGACGGGUAGCAAAGCAGCGCUUGACGCCGCCCCACCUCUCCUCCGCGGCCGGCCCGCCGCGAUUCAACCGGCCGCCUUCGAUCCCGAUCGCAGCCUCCACCUCGCGCUCUGCUAGCUGCCGAUCUUCCUCCCUCCUUACGGAGCUUCUGCGCGAGGUAGGCGGUGGCGGCUGAAUCGGCGCCGUCGUCGCUCCCGCCAUGGAGGCGUACAAGCUCUGGGUGCGCAGGAAUCGGGACCUCGUCCGCUCCCUCGAGUCCCUCGCCAACGGACUCACAUGGAUACUACCUGAGCGCUUUGCCAACUCAGAGAUCGCGCCAGAAGCAGUAUAUGCACUAUUGGGUAUUGUGAGUUCUGUCAACCAGCACAUAAUUGAUGCGCCCACUGAAAAUCACUCAUUUGCCUCUAAGGAGCAAUCUAUUCCAUGGGGUCUUGUUGUCUCUAUACUAAAGGAUGUAGAAGCGGUUGUUGAGGUUGCUGCCCAGCACUUUGUUGGCGAUGAUCGCAAGUGGAGCUUCCUUGCUGUUACAGAAGCAGUGAAGGCAGGCGUCAGGUUAGCCGCUUUUCGGGAGAGUGGAUACAAGAUGCUCUUACAAGGAGGGGAGAUGGCAAAUGAAGAAGAGAUGACCGUUCUUGAAGAUAAUUAUGGAGUAAAUGGUAAUGGAGUUCCAGUUAUCUAUCCGAUGAAUGGGCAUUCCCAAAAUGGUCACAAAGCUGCGACCAACGGUCUGGAUGGAAAGAAUGGAGUUGUAUCUAAGAGUCUUGAGAGAAGAGCAGUAGCUGCUUUGAACAAGUUUGGUGAGAAUGCCAAGAUGAUGUCUGAUCCUAUGUGGAUGAGGAGGCUUCAACCUACUCCUGAGCCAACUGUGAUGGUGGUUGAGAAGCCAACUUUGGCAAGUAUUUGGUCUGCUAAAGGGGGUACUGGGCGCUUAUUUGUUUUAGGAGAGGUUGUUCACAUAUUCAGGCCACUUGUGUAUGUACUUCUGAUCAGAAAGUUUGGAAUCAGAUCAUGGACCCCAUGGUUAGUGUCGCUAGCUGUGGAACUGACAAGUCUUGGCAUCCAUUCACACGCGACUGAUCUAAAUCAUAGAGGAGGGAAAGUCCAUCAGCUCUCCUCGGCUGAGAGGGAUGAGGCAACUGAAAAGGCGGAAGAUGAUGUGGGCCCUUUAUGUGAUGAGAGAUCCUUUUUUCACCAGUUAUACCAAGCGUCAUCUCCAGAAGGCCGAACAGGUGCUGAAUCCGGUGCCAUUGAUUGGUUUCCUUACAGGUAAACUUAUGGAGCUACUGGAAGGGGUUCAGACAAGAUAUACAUACACGUCAGGUUCGUAGAGAUGACCGGAUAGGUGCCUGAGCUUGUGGUUACUAAUUUUUGGAAGACCUUCGUGCUUCGUGUGAGUUGGUUGAUGGAUUAUGUUGGCGAGAACUUGUUCCCAGACCUGUAGUGCCAUUUUCUUGGCAGAUAUGGCAUUGUUGUCUUAUGACAUAGGCUGUUAAGCUGCGGCCACUUUCAUCUAUUGUGACAGAUGAGAAGUAUAUAACAGUAAAGCCGAUGUAAUGCUAAGAACCGGCAGUGUAUUUAUAGUGCAUACUUAUUGGAACAGAAUGUCAAUAAUGCAUUUGUUCUUUAACUGUGAAA